UUCUAGAAUUAUCAGCCAACUCUCUAAAUCUCCUCCUCUUCAAUUAAUUACAAGCUACUCACUUGAAAAUUUUAUAAGUUUGUACAUGCUUUAAAUCCAUUGUUGGUUGAAUUAAUUCAACAAUCUUAUCAAGCCAACAAAUCAAAACCAUAAAAACAAAAAAUUAAAUUAAAAAAUAAAUUGAAGAGUGCAAUCAACCUUGGAAUGAGUAGAGGAAGCGGCAACGUGAAGGUUUCGUGAAAAAGCGGCAACGUGAGGGUUUCAUGAGAAAACGGCGAUAUGGGCAGGGGUAUGUUGAGAAAGUGACGAAGUGGGUGGGGUUUGGUGGUGAAGAGGCAGUGUGGGCAGGGGUUAGGGGUGGAGGCUAGGAGGGGCUUGGUAAGGUUCGCCGAUAGGAGUGGUGGUUGGUUUGGGUGAGGGUGGUGUGUCAGGUCGUUGAUUUGGGUGGAGUGGCAGGAGAUGGGAGAGCUGCCAAGGGCUGGGUUAAGGGGAUUUUUUUUUAAUUUUGAUUUUUUUUUGAGCAAUUAUGUGGUGACAGUGUACCCUAAGUUAGAAAAUUGGCCGGAAUUGGAAAAGGGUGGUCAAAUCUACAUGUUUUGACAUUAAUGGGUGGUAAAUUCAAUAAAGGGUACAUUUUGGGGUGGUUAUUUACAAAAAAAUCCUUUAAAGAAUUGUAGCUUUUAAAAAGUAAAAAGAUAAAAUUGAGAAGAUAUUUUAAAAAAGUGAAAUUUAUCGCCCAAAAUCCCGUUUCACAUAGGAUAUUCAAUUCAACUUGAUUUCUGAUUGUCUAAAAAAUUGCCAAACUUUUGUGUAAUUUUUUUUUUAUUUUUUUAUUUUUUUUAUACGAAGUAUACAGUUGUAUAUGCUCGUACUUCGUACAAGCAUAUCCUUAUUCUUGGUAACUUUUUUGGUUAAAUUUCACAUUCCAUACCAAAAAUUUAUUCCCAAAUCUAACCUCCGCGCAACUUUACUCUGCUGUCCCCGCAUCUUCACGUAAUCUCUCACCAAAUAUCUCCCCUUUUUCUUCGUUCCUAUUUCUUCAAUCUUCCGUUUCUACAAACCCUCAAUUUCUGAUUUCCACCGCAUUGAUCCGCAGAAUUCGAACAAUUAUGAUGAAUAAGAAGAAAAGAAAAGGAAGUGGAAUUGAUGAUGAUGAUUGUGAAAACCUAAUUAAGACCCCAAUUAAUCCGUUGCAAUUGAAUAAUGAAGAUAGAGGGUCGAUUAUUAGGGCACAUUUAUCGCUUGAAGGUUGUUCUAGGUUGAAGAAGAAGUGUAAAGAAGAUGUGGGUAGUAAUAAUGUUUUUGAUGGAUCAUCAUGUGUUAGGAAUAGAAUUGUUGGGGUUUCGACUGUGCCCCCUUCGAUUGGGUUGUCGUAUGUCGAACCGAGUAGGGGUUUGAAGAGGAAGAUUGGGUGUAUUGAUGUUGCUACACAAAUUGGUAGUAGGAAGAAUAAACUUGAGGAUGAUUAUGUUAUGAUCAAGACUAUAGGGCAGGGGAAAUUCGGGUCGGUUUGGUUGUGUAGGUGUAAGGCCACUGGGCGUGAAUAUGCCUGUAAAACCUUGAAGAAAGGCGAAGAGACGGUGCAUAGGGAAGUCGAGAUAAUGCAGCAUUUAUCAGGGCAUCCUGGGGUUGUGAUGUUGAAUGCAGUGUAUGAGGAUUCUGAUUGUUUUCAUCUUGUGAUGGAGUUGUGUUCUGGUGGGAGAUUGGUUGAUGAGAUGAAGGAGAAUAGGUGCUCGGAACAACGAGCUGCGCAUAUAUUGAAGGAAUUGAUGCUUGUGAUCAAGUACUGUCAUGAGAUGGGAGUUGUGCAUAGAGAUAUAAAGCCGGAGAAUAUAUUGCUUACAAGUUCAGGGAAGAUGAAACUUGCUGAUUUUGGCUUGGCUGUCAGAGUUGCUACUGGUCAGAGCUUGACUGGAGUAGCUGGAAGUCCGGCCUAUGUUGCACCUGAAGUACUCUCCGGAGCUUACCGGGAGAAAGUGGAUAUCUGGAGUGCUGGUAUUCUCCUUCAUGCCCUUUUGACAGGCUCUCUUCCAUUCCAAGGGAAGUCAAUAGAAACGGUUUUUGAGGCAAUCAAGAAUAAUAAAUUAGAUUUCCACUCUGGUGAAUGGCUUUCAGUUUCCAAACUUGCACGAGAUUUAGUUGUGAAAAUGCUUAAGAGGGAUGUUUCAGAAAGGAUUUCAGCUGAUGAAGUUCUUGGGCAUCCAUUUAUAAUGUUCUAUACGGAGAGGACAUUAAAAUCGCUUUCCAUCAAGCCUAAUUCAAGAAAUGUAUCAGUGACUCCUUCCCACCAAUCAGACAAAACCUCGUUGGCUGAAUCUCACAAACUCCUGCCUAGCUCUUGCCCAUCAAAUGAGAAUUUAGAUCCGGCUGUAACAACCAGGCAUCUCGUUGCUUGUGAUACUGACAAGCAAGAUGACUGUGGUCUAAUGGAUGUACUUGUAGUAGCAAUCUCACAAGUUAGGAUUUCAGAACCGAAAAGAAGUAGGCUGUGCUUCUCCGAAAGCAGCUCAGUCCAACUGCAGUAUUCUUCUAACAGCCUCUGUAAAGCAUUCUAAUUUAGUUGGCUGACAUAGCUAACAUUAUUUUUCUCCUCUUAAUAUUGGAUAGGGUGGUUGUAAUUAGCUUUAUGGAAGCUGUAGCAUCAACUUAAUGUCUCUAAUCAACCUAAUUGGCUCUGUGUAGUGAGCUCACUAUCAUUGUAAUCCAAACAGUACACUUGAUCAUGUAUAUAAAUCACUUGAAUAUGUUCAUUGCAAUCA